UGCGACUGAGUCAGUGCUGGAUCCACGGAGACUUCUUCCGCUUCAUUCCUUUGUGAUUGCAUCAAUAAACUUCCACGAAGCCAAAGCUUGUGAUUGCAUCAAUAAACUGCCACUAAGCAAAAGCUCAUUGAUCUUGCGUUGGUACCCCCUUUUAGUCAUAGAAAAGAAGACGUUUCAUCUAUUUGACCACUACAGAAACAAUCAUGCGACAGAACGUUAUCUUUCUAAUGGCAAUAGCUCUCAUGGCCACCGAUACCACCCUCGGUUUUGCACCUCAUACCCAAGAUACCAAAAUUCGUACCACCAAGCUACAGCAACAGACGACUUCGGAUAAGGAAGACGCCACGAAGGAACGACGACAACCCUGGGAUGUGUUGCGAUUUGUGAGGCAAUCGUCCAAAUUUGUGAACCUGCCGUUUACUCCCUCCAAGAGCACAUCGGAUACCAUCCAACCGGGUCAGGUGAUUUGGGCACCAUCGUCCAAACUCUUCUUUGAAUGGGCGCCCCUCGAUGAUGUUGUCAUGGGAGGAGUAUCGUCAUCGAAAGUGGACAAUCGAUCUGGACUGUGGAAGGGGACGGUCACAGAUGCCAACAAUGGUGGGUUUGUCGGCAUGCGAUCCACACCUCCUUCGGUCAAAUUGGAUCUGAGUAAAUGUCAAGGUCUCGAAUGGACCUUUCAAACAACCAACAAUAUGCCACAACGUCUCAAGGUGGUGCUGCGUGAUUCCAAUGACUUUAAUGGCAUUGCCUGGACGGCUUGUAUUAAUGUCCCAGCCAGCAAGAAUAAGCAAAAGCAGGUCACCGUCAAGGUUCCCUUGAAAAAUCUGGUCCCUUCUAUUUUUGCCAAGAUUGUACCCGAUGCCAAGGAUUUUGACAAGAGCAGCAUUACGGCAUUGCAGCUGGUCUUUUCCAAAUUUGAGUUUGAAGGAGAGCUCAACCCCAAGUUUAAAGUCGGAGAUUUCGAUGUGCAAGUAUUGCAAGUCAAGGCAUACUAACUAACUAAUUCCAAGCUGAAUUGUAGGAUUGACGUGACUUAUAAAUAAUGCGAUUGGCAUUGUUUGGCUUGGUGAAAGCAAGAACGUCUGCUUGAUCUUGCAAUGCUGAGAAAAUAGAAAAUAAGGGGUGCCGCUGUUGGCAUCGCACAACGCUAGGAUUAUACAACCUUAAAGGCCGGUCUCUACCGGAGCGACUAAAGUAGCGACUAAAGGAAUCCUUUAGGUGGUUGUUUAGUUCAAGAU